CAAAAUGUAACUGGAGAGUGGCAUCCGUGAAUCAAUCGAAACUGCCCUCAGUGCCAUUAUUUAUACAGAGUGCCCCACAUGUGGCAUCAUCAAUUGUUCACCACAACCAGUACUCCGCAGGGAAAUGAAUGACCCAAAAAGGCAGCUGGACAGCUGAGUUCAUCAUCCAUUUGGUAGUGGGUUUCAGAAUCGGAAUAGGAAUCGGAAACGCUGGCCGCCCCGAACAAGUGCAAUGGAUUGCAAAUAAUUUCAAAGCGCUGCCCCAAAACAUGGAAAGUGCCUAAUGCUAAUGCGUGAUGAUGCCUCCAGCUGUGGUCAGCGAAUCGGUGGGGAAGAUUGGAAAGAGGAGCACCAGUAUUUGGUUGCGGCUGGUGGUGGCAAUAAAUGCGAAAACAUGAACUGCACCCGGAUCGAUGGGUGGCAUAUGCAAAUGCUGUCAAACACGGCAUAUUUCCGACACAUUUUGGUUGCCUUCGAAAUAGAAAGAAAUAGAAAAAGGGAACGAGGCACGAGUGCAAAUCAAUUGGAGGCCAGAAUGGAGUUGCUUAGUGUGGGCCCUCAAGUACUGACUUUCUAUCCCCCCUAUGAUGACCGUCAAAGGAGGAUGGUAACUUUGCUGAAUCCCACCGAUAGACGUGUUCUUUUCAAAGUCACAUCGAAUGCCUGGCUUAACUAUACAGUGAAUCCAAAUACCGGCAGGAUAGCACCUUAUUCCUCCAGCGAGAUCAUCAUAAGUCUGAAAAGCUUUGAUUUCAACACGGACGAGAGAUACAAUCAUCACUUCGUAAUUAAAUCCAUGUUCGAACCUCAAGAUCACAAAAAUGGUCAGACAAUUUUGGCGAUUUUUCGCGAUGUUUCCCGCAGAGACAUCUCCUCGAACACCCUACUGGUGCGACUGGAGGCCCAGCCCUUUCCGUUGGACUGUCAUGGCCUGGAUUCACUCUGUGAUUUUAGCAAAAGUUCUGUGAACACCGAGCUGCAGCUGAGACAGCUCUAUGAAAACUGUGCAAAUAGGCUGGAGGAAGCUCCUGCGAAACAGAACACACCAAGUGGAAGCCGUCAUCUAUCCAAGAUUGUGAUCAUUGGCUCCUUGACUUUAGUAGUACUGACAGCAUUUGUGCAGCGCAGGCUUAUGUUUGAAACGUUUAUGGACACCCAAUACGCGGAUAUACAUUUUCAAUAAAUUAUAAAAAAUAUAUUAUAGAUAACCGACAUGUAGGUGCAUGGUGUUCGCGUUAUAACCCACUUGCCAAUAACUUUAA